CCCAUAUAUACAAGUUGUACCUAAUUACAUUGUUUAUGCCACUGCCAUACCCAGUCUGAUUUUUCUUCAUUCUUCAAAUUAGUAUAUAAAGCUUGAAAAUCUCCCUCUUCUUCCAUAAGGUCUCAAAUGACCAAGUUGAAAGGCCUCUCCGCUUUCCACUUCAGUGGUAACUGUGGUGGCAGUGGAGGUGGCCACAGCUACACUAGCCUCUCAAGCCUCCUCGAUAGCUUCCUUGAACAGGGAUGCUGCAGCAGCAGCAGCAGCAGCAGCACCAACGCUAAUCUCGGCAACAGAGAUGAAGGUGCUGCAUCACCGCCCGCCGGUGCAUCUGGCGAAGGAUUCAGACCUGAUGACGUAGCCAUGGAAGACAAGGCCAUCAUCAAGAAGUCAGCGGAGCGUAUUACCAGACUCCUCGAUCAAGGCAUGGCCGUUGAUUCCUUUCUGGUCCGGCUUGCCAGCGACGUCGCUAAAGCAGCGGCAGAUAUGGCGUCGCUCCGAAGCAGCCGAUCAGAAUUCCAGCGAGCUGUUGUGUUUCGGCUGAGGGAAGAAGUCUACGACGUCGCAAUAUGCCAGACAAGUUGGCUGGCAACGCAGGACGUCGCCGCGGGGAACUACGAGUACAUCGAUGUAGUGGGCAUGGUCCAUGGGAAGGCGGCCAGCUGCACGCCCGGCGAGCGGUACAUCGUCGAUCUCGGGUUCAGGAUGGAGUUCGCGGUGGCCCGACCCACGGCAGCUUACGCCUUGGUACUAGAAGCGCUACCAAGGGUGCUGGUUGCCCGGGCGAAUGUGGUGCGGCAGGUGGUGAAGGUGGCGGGCAAGGAGGCACGGCGUUCCCUCAAGGACCAGGGGCUCACCGUGCCACCAUGGAGGAAAAAGCGGUUCAUGGCCGCCAAAUGGUUCAGCCCGCAUCGCCGCAUGGCUGACACCGCCACGGGACAUCAUGCUCCCGUAGUGGCUUCUGGGGAUGCGAUGCGCCGCACGGUAGGGUUUGUGCUUGGACCACCGGUGCAGCCAUGGCUACGCUACUGCGCCUUGUAUGGUUUUCUGUUGAUGCAUGCAGCUGGCAGCAGUCGAUCGGCGAUGCACGUACACAUGUUGGAUUGUUUGGUUUCAAUUGGCCUAGAUACAUCACUGGAAUAUGUGGAGAGCAAUGGGUUGGAAUAUGCGCGCGGCGGGCAGUGUAGGUGGGGAAAUAAUUUUGGAGCCAUCUGUCAUCAUGUCGACACUGGUUACAGUGACGUCCUCCAAUCGAUGUAUUGCAUGCAGGGUUAA